GUCAAACGGACAGCAGUAAACAAAAUGUCUGGUGAGUUCGUCGCUGUUUCCUUUACCAAUACUGUCCACCAUGGCCUACCGAACGCGCCUGCUGACCCCGGAUUCAGACCAGGAUUCGACGAUGCACUCAUCUCCCGACUUGGCCGCAGAAGAUGACGAGAUGUUCCCUGAUGAGGCUCUCCCCUCGACGCCGCGUAACCCAGCUUCGCAUGCCUUGAACGCAGGCUCGGAGCUCUCGCCACCCAACUCGCAAGGCCCCGCCAACCUACCCCGCGGCGACAGCUUCGCAGCGACGAUUGCGUCCAACGUGAACGAGAACGGCAAGCGACCUCUGUCGCUGAACCCGGCUGCCACCUCAAACGAUACAGCAGCGACGAAUGUGGACCCUGAGACUGGGUAUCAGUGGUCGAAGACUGAGGACCAGCCGGGCUUUGAGUGGAAGAACCAGAGGGCAAGGGAAGACGAGAUGAGAGCCUUGGAUCUGAUCAUUGACAAAGGCUUUCAGAUCAAAACCCGCUACGGCGACCCUCUAGAUGAGAGUGUUCCUGCCAAGGGCAAGCGUUGACAGAAGCAAUGCCACCCCCGGAAACACCACCGAGCGGCGAUCGGCGACAUUGCCAACGACUAGUCAACUCCCACACCAUGCACAAAAAUUUGGGUGGAAGAGUGAAUUUGGGCAGAUGUGCGACAUGCAUAGGAUCUAGGGGAAGGCUCCUUCAGCGACCUUGUAA